AUGUGGCUCCCUGGCCGGCCACCAGCUCAGAGCAACCAGGAAGAGUCCCUGUCCUCACCUCCACCAAUCCCAGCCAAGGAGGAAGCUCUUGGUCGUCCCGGUUGCCAGGUGCCAGAGAAGACAGUGAGAAGCAUAAGGUAUUUAGACAAGGAAAUCGUAAACCUCAAAAAGGAUCUUGUUCGAAGCCGCUUCCUGAUGCAGUGUGUGAAGAUAGGCCGUGGAUAUUUUAACAUACUUCAAGAGGAAAAUGCCAUGAAAAAGAAGCAACAGCAACUCCAGAAGCUGAGGGAGGAAGAGUUAAACAAAUUCCAACCAGCCAAGAAGUACUCAGACAUCCAGUGCAGGGACAAUAUGAUGACCGCCUACGAGGAGGAGAAGUUAAAGAAGCUGGAGGCCGGCAUCAUUAUCCGACCAUUCAUACCAAUCCACAGCUGCAUCAUGGGGCCCAACUUGCCUGAGUCUCACGUGGAUCCCCUCUACCGUCAGCUGUGUGCACUCCACUGGCUCCUAGAGGCCCUGACUAUCGACCAUACCCACCACGUCAUGAGGCCCUUGAUUGCCUGCUGGAACCCCAAGGACCCAGGUGGCAGCAAGAGCACAAUAAAGAAGAUCAACAAGGACAAGUCUAUGGGGCAGAGGUGGGAUCACUUCGUCACAGCACCGAAGACCAAGAAACUCAAAGCCCCUGCUAUUCGCACAGCCAGCCGCAAACCCAGCCGGCGAGGCUCCACUCUCAGUCUGACUCGAACCAGUGGGGGUUCUUCUCCCCAGAGCAGUAUGAUUUCUGUGAACCCUGGCUCUGACGAACCCCCAAGUGUGGCCACUGGCAGCAAAGACAUUGAAGACAAUGAGUCAUGGUCAACUAAGCCAGAUGAAGAAACUCUCCAUAUCCACCUGCAGAAGCUCCUGGAGAUGGUCCGGGAAGACGCCCGAAGAGCGAUGACGCUGCUUGAGAUGCAGACGAAAGUUCCCAGCAUCCUGAAUCUAGUCAAGCCAGUCAAGAGUGAUUCUGGCUGGAAGGAUUUGCAGACCACCCACAAGUCCAGCGAGAGAUCCAGCACAACAAGUGGAGAAAGCCACAUCCAGGUGACCCAGAAGAAGUCAAAGGGCCGGGCUAACAUCAUCCAUUGCAAGAGUGGGGUGUGUAGCACUUUGCGGGCCAAGUUUUACAGCAUAGCCCAGGAGGCUGGCUUCUGCCUACAAGACAAGAUGGAGAUCCUCUUGAAGCGCCAAGAAGAACGGGGUCUCCUGAAGUUCCAGUCUUUUAUCCUUGCCACGAAUUACCAAAAGGAUAUGGCAAAGAUGAGGCACCCGAUCUCAGUGCUGAAGGGGGACGCAGAAGAGAUUGCAGAUCACUGGUACUUUGAUCUGUUGUCCAAACUCCCUGAGGAUCUGAAGAGCUUCCGGCCUGCAAAAAAGAUACUGGCAAAACUACAGAAGUUUGGAGAGAACCUGGACCUGAGGAUCCGGCCACAUGUCCUCCUGAAGGUGCUCCAGGAGUUUCGAACCUGGGAGCUGUGCUCCCCAGACAUUGCGGUGGCCAUUGAGUUUGUGCGAGAACACAUCAUCCAUAUGCCGCAAGAAGAUUACAUCGACUGGCUACAGAGCCGGGUCAACAUGCCCAUCCGGCAGCGGACCCCCCUGACAUAG